CAUAAGUUACCGCAUGCAGGCAUGUUAAAAAAUACCAUAGAAAGAUUUCCGUACCAUAGGUAUUACCGAUUCCCCAUUUCAGCAUUUUCUUUCAUUUUUCAGUAUUAUUUGAUUAUCGUAUCUAUUUUCAGGUAAAAUUUUGUGUUCCAUUUCAUACUGACCUCUGUACGCUAAUACUGGUAUGGUAUCUGCUGUAAGUGCAGAAGUGUGAUGUCGUCUGUUGGUUAGCUAAUCUUCAAAAAGUUCAGGAAGCUAUACUGCUUUAUCCCAGUUAUGCUAAAGUAUGUAAUAAAACCCACUAAAAGUUUAUGCUCAACAAGGACUUCAGCGCUCAAAUGCUUCGAAACCUCCUGAAGCUAUAUGGAUUCUUCUCAGCCUAUUCACCGAUUUGAUGCUAAAGGAGGAUCUCGAAUAAACAAUACCACUUCACCAUUAGUAGUUAUAAUGCCAUGGCUUGGGGCAACAAAUGCGGGUAUUAAUAAAUAUAAGAAUUUGUAUUCAAAAUUUGGAUUUGAGACAUUAAUUCAUUAUGCCAGUUUGAAAGACUUUUUGUGGCCAAAAUCUGGACUACAAUCUAGUAUGAUGUUUUUAAGGAAGCUUGAAAAUAUACUUACUCUUGGAAAUGAGAAAACAAACAGGAAUAUAAUUGUGCACUCCUUUUCUAUUGGAUGUUACUUUUACUCAUUGAUGUUGAUGCAAAUGGAAAGUCACCCCGUCCUUCAAAAUAAGAUAUUGCACAAUAUAUCUGUACAAAUAAUGGACAGUCCUGUUGUGGGUACGCUUAACCAAAUGGCCAUUGGUGUUGGCAAUAUGAUGAGCCAGAAUUCAGCCUCGUUGGCAUCAAUAUAUAAGCACAUAUGCAUGUGUUACUUUGCUCUUACUAAGCAACACACGGUGAAGUACUACAACGAAGCGAUAGAAAUCAUAAAAUUUAGGGCUCCUAAAGUUCCAUCUUUAAUGAUGUCUUCCAAGAAAGAUCCAAUGCUUAUACCCGAGGCUUUCGAAGAGUUUUAUCAAUCUUGGAGCAAACACCAACCAGUUGUAUAUAAAAUGUGGGACGAUUCAGGACAUGCACAGCAUCUUAAAUAUCAUCCUGAAGAAUACCUCAAGUUAAUUGAGAACCUCCUUGUAAUGUCAUUAGAGCCAGGCUUUCUUCAUAUUAAAUCGAAAUUGUAGUUGUGUUGUAUUCACACUAGGUAUCGUGCGUUCCUGUUAGGCAUUUGGAAACGAUAAAUUCUAUACAAUGUUGUAAAUAUUGUAGUAUUCUUCAAACAUUUUUCAUCAUGACCCACUUGUCACAGCCAACUUUUUUUUGCGGCUUCUCAUUUAAUAGCAUGUUCUUCAAAUUUAUAAUCUUAAAUGACCAGUAUCAAUGUUGUGAUGUAACAAUAGUUCACGCAUGUCGACAUUUAGUUUUGUUUGUGACCCCCUAUUGUAAUUAAUGCUCUGAUUUGAAUUCAAGCAUCCCCUCUGUAAAUGUGACAGAAAUAAUACUAAUUAUUCCUGCAGGCCAACUAAUUCUUUACCAAACACAAUUUACAAAUAUAAAAAAAAAUUUUAAAAACUUUGCUUUCACUAACAUGUUCAAUUUGCUAGAUAUCUUUAAAAAGACAACAUAUCAAAUACUCAUUUUUGUGGAAAUUGUUAUUUUUUUUUUUUGGUUUAUUUAAGUUGCAUAAAAUAAAUGUUGGUAUAUUGUUAACAAGAAUGCACCAACGAUUGAUUAUUAAAUAAUAUUAAAAUUUGUUGGGAUUGCCUUUUUUAAGAAUUUUUUUGAUUUUAUCCCAAUUGUAAAUUGGCCUCGACUGUAUUGCUGCAAUGUUCAUUGCAAAUAAUAUGAUAAUGUAUAGUUAUUAAUUGAUUUAAAGCAUUGAUUUUUUUUGAAAUAAGGAAUAAAAUCUUCGACUAUUGGUUAAUGAUGCUCAUAGUCCUAGUUUUGUGCAAUAUAUUGCGAUUUGAAACAUUUCAAAAUAAAUUGCAUUUUAUCAAGCCUUCUUGUCAUCUAUAAACACCAUUUUACUAGAUGAUUAGACAAAGUAUUACCUAAUGUUACUUGUUACGUAAUAUUUGAAUGUUUUUCUGUAGUCUUUAAUAAAAAAGCAAAUUAUGUAACUCCUUCCCAUAUUUACUAAACAAAUGAUAAUAAUGUUUAAUAAUUUAUUAAAAUCUAGUUAUCUACUAUUAGCAGUUGUCCCAUAAUAAUAUUUUUAAAUUCCCACGCUGUGUUUACUCCUGGAUCAUCUUGAUCAUAGCCGCCAGUUUUUUGGUGAUCUCAAAAUUACUCAAACCAGAUAAAAUUUGUGAGUUUUCUAUCAGUUUAUGUAUUUCUUGCAAUUGACUAGUAAAUUUUAUGAUUAUGAAAAGGUUUCUGAAACAUUUCCCAGUAUUUAUCUGUAAUGUGAAAAAAAAGUUCAUGAUUAAAGUGUACCAAAUAUCAAAAUUAUUUUUAAUAUUGCAUAUAUUUUUAGAAUUGUUGAUUUUUAAGUUUUUAUUAUUAUAUGAGUAUGUUGAAGUAUUGAGAUUCAUGCUGUUUCGUUAUAUAUAUAUAUAUUAUACAGUAUAUUCAAUGUCAUCCAGUUACGAGAUUAUCAUGCAUAACAUGGUUGUGCUCAAAGUGCAUUGCCCUUUGGCACUUUUGGCCUAUGAAUAGAUUACAUAGAGCUUCGCUUAUUGAAUAGUUAUUUCAUUUUGUGUUCCACUAUUCUUCACAAUGUCUCCAGUACCUUUUAACUUAUUGCUUAAAAAAUUUACACAUUCUGCCUACCAGGCUUGUUGCACUUUGCAAAUUAUGUCUUAAUUUUGGUAUAAUAUAUUCAAUGGUAGUCUUUUUUAAAUCAUUUGUAUUAUGCAGUGGUUUUGAUUGCUAUCAUUUUCUAACAUAUAAAUUGUCAGGCCAUGUAUCCUCAAUUUAUACAUACGGUACUCGUUCUCCUUUCUGUCUCUCAGUGGUUGUUAUGCAUUAGAUACAUACCAAUUAGUGGAACUUUUUUAUAUGAAGCCUUUUUUUUCAAUUCAAAAGGUGUCUGUCAUGGUUAAGAAAUUCGUUUCUCUGACUCAAUAUCACUCCCUUGGUUUUGGUAUAUGAUUCCAUGAUGAAUAUAAAAAUUUAUUCUCAUCGAGCUUUGAAAACAGCAAAGAUUGGCCCUUCCAUACCUGAACUGUUGUGCUCUGGCCUGCCUGUAUAACCCAAUCAAACAUUGGAGCUGUCAAAGCUUGGCAUGUUUUUGUGAAAAUUGGAUUCAGAGCCAGGGUUGUAUUUUCAAACUCUCCUGAGCUGAAGUGGGUAGGAAUUUCUCACAUGUAAUGGUGAAAAUUUAAGCCAAAUUUUCCAGCCGAACCUCAAAAAGCAUUUGGUUGACUAUUGUUUUUUAACAGAUGAUCAAAAUAAGCCCACCCCAGCACCCCCUUGUGCACCCAUACAAGUUUUUUUUAUUUUUAUCAAAAUUACUAGAAUCUGAGUCAAAUUUUCUCUCAGCCUGGAUUUGGAAUCAUGUUUCAAAUGACUCUUCGGACCUCACAACCAUAUUCCCGACAAUGAAUAGUGGAUUUUUUAUUUAAUACACACAUCGUAUUGGAUAUUAUCUUCAUUAUUUGCCUGGUUUUUAUUUUACAGCAUUGAAUUUUCUCUUGUUUGUGCCUACAAUACGUAAAAAAAUAUUCAUUGUGCAAAUAUUUACUAGUGUGCAUUCGAAAACACUCACACACAACCUUUUCCUAUCAGUGUUUUUGAUUUUAAAGUAUUCAAAGUAACUGAUUUUUUUUUUUAAUUAAGUUGUUGUAGAAGAGUAUUUGAAUUACCAUUUGGCCUUCGGAAUUUUUUACAAGCCCUACUCAUUAAGAAAGCCUUCUUUCUAAUUGCAUUCCUUAUAUUCAAAAUUUUGUCAUUUUUUAAUUCAAUCAUUCAAGUUGCCUUUCUAAUUGUUUUUUACCCUUAGCAAUAGCUAUCUUAUGGUAAGAAAUUAUUUUUCAAAUGUGAGCAAUAAUUUUUAAAAGAUCAUAUGCAAUGUCUUUUUUAUUUUGAUCCAUAUUAAUUUUGACUCACGGAGUUUUUUAAUGACAAUCUUGUAAUGAUGCAUUUCUCAUAUGCUUAAAGCACAACAAAAAAAUUUAAAUGUAUUUUUCGGAUAAAUUUAAAGCAAACAGUGGUGUAUUGAGA